AUGGAAACCCCAGUGAAGUACAUCUGCGUUCUUGCGUUUCUUGUGAGUAUGACCAUUGCAGGGCUCAAUGGAGUGGAGGGAACUGCUUAUUAUUAUGGUCCAUGUGGGAAACAUGACAUCGAGAAGGAGGCUGAGAAGUUGGAACCGUGUACAUACGCAGCACAGAAUCGGAGAGUACCGGUUUCAGAGCGUUGCUGCACCGUAAUGGAGAAAAAGGUGAAGAAUCCAGCCUGCCUAUGCGCUGUUCUGUAUUCUCAAACAGCAUACAAUGCCUUUCACCCUGCCUUAACUCUCAAGACUCCCCAAUACAUGGCAUCAGCAGUAUAA